CAGAUCCAAACAUGAACAUCAUCGUCAAUUCCUUGUUACAACGUUUACCGGUUAAAAAGCUUUUAGCUUAAAUCGUAGGCUUCUAAGGUUCUAUGCUUUUUUGUUGGGAAAGUUGGGUUCCAACAUGUCCGAAACUAGACCUCAAUCGGACUUGAUUCAAAAUCCUAGAGUAACCUCGGAAGGUUGCAGUGUAUUGCUUGACAUCAAUGACGGUGAUCGCCUUGUUUUCGCUCGUCUCUCUGCCGGCUCGACCUUGAAAAUUGGGAACAAGACAUGCUCUUUGCAACCAUUGAUUGGAUGUCCCUUUGGUUCUCUGUUUCAAGUUGAAAGCGGAAAGGAAAGGCCUUAUCUUUCCCGCUUCGUUCCCAACUCCGAAGAGGACAAUGUUGAAGAUGAAGGAGGUUGUCAAUUACAAGAAGAAUCCCGAGACAACCGAGCAAUAAUUGAUAAUAAUCAAGCCCAAAGCCUCACCGGUGAAGAUAUUGACGCUAUGCGGAGACAGGGGGCAACGGGAAAUGAAAUUGUUGAGGCUCUCAUUGCUAACAGUGCAACUUUUGAAAAGAAAACGCAGUUCUCGCAGGAAAAAUAUAGACUCAAGAAGCAGAAGAAAUAUGCUCCCAGAGUACUUCUAAGACGCCCCUUUUCUCGAAGUAUAUGUGAGGCAUACUUAAAGAAGUAUCCAGCUCGGAUUGGAUUUUUGCGAGUGGAUGCUUUAUCUCUGUUGCUUUCAAUGGCUAAUGUUACUGCAAACUCAGAUGUCCUUGUAGUGGAUAUGGUUGGUGGACUUCUUACUGGCGCUGUGGCAGAGCGUUUAGGAGGUACAGGUAGUGUGUGCAAUACUUAUCUUGGAGGGACACCGUAUCCUAUGGAGAUAAUAAGGAUGUUCAACUUCAGUAAUGAAAUUUGUGAGAGAAUUUUGCGGUGUUCACUCAAUGACCUUUGUUCAGCCCAAAAUGGAACUGGUGAGCAAGUUGGUCAACAGGAAGAUGUCUUUACCGUGGAGAGUCAUUCUAAUUGCUUUCUUCAGGAACAAACAUCCUUAUCAGUUGGCAUGGAAGAGGUUCAUCUUUCGUCUGAAAGUGGAGUUGCGGGUCUUGUUCGUGAGAAUGAACUCUCUACAGUAAGCAAGACUCACAAAGCCCGAAAAGCUGGAGGCAACGCUCCAAAAGAAGCCAUUCAGUUAUGGAAAGAAAAUGGUUUCUCUAGCCUAAUUGUUGCUGCACCAGAGCAGGAUGCUUGGAGCUUAGUGAAAGAUUUGCUGCCCCUUCUAUCAUACUCAGCUUCUUUUGCAAUCUAUCACCAGUAUCUUCAGCCUCUUGCAACAUGCAUGCGCAAUCUGCAACUUGAGAAGAUGGCAAUCGGGUUGCAAAUUUCGGAACCUUGGUUACGCGAAUAUCAGGUUCUUCCAUCAAGAACCCAUCCUUGCAUGCAGAUGAGCGGAUCCGGGGGUUAUAUCCUAAGCGGUAUUCGGACAUAUACAAGCCAAUCCUCCUAGUUCCUAAAUUUCAAUAAACGAAAAGAUCACGUGUAUUAGUAACUCAACUCAAAAUGGUUGCUAAUGUAUUAUCACUUUUUUUUUAUGGGCAACUUUGAGCAUAAUUUUUCAAUGGAAAAUUACAAAAAAGUUACGUUA